UGACGGAUAGUUUCAAAUAAAAUAAAUUAGAAAAUCCCUGGGCUUCCCAACGCCGGAAACAGUGAAUACAAAGCUUUGUAUUGUUGGUAAAUUCUCAACGUACUUGAUUUUAGUAAUCAUCUGAUGACUCCGUAGGGUGUGACUUGGUCGUUUAUGCCAUUUGGCUACUCUAUGACCAUUUUUAUUGGAAUUGGUAGGGUUAUUUAAGUCGUUGAUCGACAAGUGUAAUCUACAGAGAGAAAGGAACUACUUUAGGCAAGAAUGUCUACUUUAUUAUAUGCAGAUUUUGGUUAGGUUGGCAUUUUGUUACGCAACGUCUGUGUCUGGGCUUUUGGUCUACGUGACUCUUUCUUUUUUCGAAUUUUCUACUUUUGAACCAGUAGGUGGCGGUAAACCAUCGUAUUUAGCCCUUUUGCUGUAUGUAUUUAGCAGUCCCAAAAGAACAACAAAGCAAAAAGGUGCUGGCCCAAGGGUAGAUCUUGGGGUGGAUGCAUAAUUUGCAGGCCACGUAAUCGCGGUUUAUGAUGGUCUAUUAUUUCUAAAAGAGCUCAGCAUACAGAGUUCAUUCAUCAAAAGACAAAAAACAAUGUAAUCCGUCUAGCCUAUGUAGCUGCAAAGAAUGAAAUCAAAGCCUAAUCAUCGAGACUCAGACACUCCAGUGUAGCUUACGUGAUUAACUGCAUGUGUUGGGGUGAGGGUAGAAUUACCCUAAUAAUCAGAUGAUCAAUCAAACAAUGCCAAAUAAGUUGAGAACUGAGGCUAUGGGUAUCUGGCUGUACUGAAAAGUGCUGGGGACAUGAGCCUUGAUGUGCAGAUUGGUAUGUUCUAUGGACAUUCUAGGGAGUUUUUAUGUAAUCCUGUCACUGGACUGUUGAGCGUCUUUCUCUAAUAUGAGGGCCAUUCCUAAAGUGGUCUCUAGGAGCACAAUCCUUGCACCUAUGGCACUUCAAAGGGGGAGGGUGUUGACAAAUGGUAUAGUAUUUUGUAAAAGCCAAUGCCUAAAAUCCCAUGUCAUUUCCUACUAAAAGUAACAGCUUCCACCAUGGGCACAUGUGCACAUUGCUUCACAGAAUGGCUUUUGCAGAGUGUCCUGUAGUCAUUUUCCAUUCGAGUAGGCCUACAUGUUUAGGUUACUUGUUUAUUUUACCGCCAGGACAAUGCCACAAUGUAAUACAUAUUUUGGGGAUGAAACAAAUAUCGAAUUUGUCACAUGUGUUUUGAGUCAUGACUGAUGGCAGUGUUUAGUGCUCUCAGCCUCUAUAAUGUGUUUUUGUAAGGGAAGCUCUCAAAAUAAAACACCUAAGAUGGAGGUGCAAAAAUGGCCUGUUGGGGGAUGGGAGAAGAGACUGUAAGGAGAUACAGGCCAAGCCCAGCCAAUACUUCUCAUGUAACAUCUAGGGAGAGUACAAAGGGCAUAGGCUAUGAUUAUGAAAAUGUGAAUGGAGAUUAGGAUACCUAUGUGCUUGCAGAAAAUUAUGCAUUACAAGACUGCCCUCAGAAAUGUUGGGUUGCCACAAUUACUUUUUUCUGGACAGUGGUUCACAUUUCAAACUGAAACUUGACUAGGUUCUUGGAAUUGACUUGUAUAAGCUUGUAAACUACAUUGAAAUAUAGCUAAAUUCUUGACAAAAUAAAUAGCCUACAGUCAAUGAUACUGAACUUUGAUUAUUAUUUUUCCACUGGAACAUAUUCUUAAGCUGCCAUAUGGACCUAUGUGUAUGUAGACACCAGCAGAGGGAGAGUUCUGUAUUGUAGGCUCCAAAAUUGAUUGUGUUAGUGUAUACUCUGUUUAUGCAACAGCGCAUUGAUCAUACAGGAGUGGGACUAGGGGGAUGGGAGAAGCCUCAGGGGAGAUUGCUAGUGAUGGCCCUCACACCGAAAGAGGGUGGCAAUGUUGAGAAGCUAUGGGUGUGGUAGGCUACAAAACAAACAACAGCUUCUUCUUUAAACUGCCCUGCAUACUGGCCUCUUGCAAACGACUGUAGGCCUAUGGAGGAAAAUGUGAGUGUGUUUAGAAUAAGAACAUAAAGUGCCCACAGGUUAAAGGUCCACAUUGGAAGGAGGUAUUAUCAACAGUUCAUAAUAUGAUUAUGAAAUACCUGUAAAUAAUAGAAUUAGAUAUACACAAAUUAGAUGAAGAUAAUAAGGAAAGCCUAUCAUACAUUAAAAUAUAGCCUAAUGUAAUCUAUUCGUUGAUUGAUGUUAACAACAGGUCUGUAUGUUAACCUAAAUCACAUAAUAUCCUUCAGCAAAGCUUAAGUGUAUACAUACACUGUAUACACUUAACACACAUUAAUUACAUUACAUUAAUUUGACAUCAAUACCACUGCAUGGUUUUGUACCCGAGUCGCCUGUGGAUUUAAACUAGACUAGUUGUAGACUACAAGCUGCGUGAUUAAACAUGUUCAGAGUAGGCUACGGAAGGAUAACUCACUACAGUUAAAAGCAAGAUCAAUGAGACAUGAAGCAUGGCUUGAACCCAAAGGUCCUGUUCUGUUCCGGUGUUAAGUUCGAUUUGUUCCAGCAUCAUCAACCCAUGGGCACAGUUGUCCCACACUGUCAGUGGCUUCGAUGUGACAUCAUUACAUCACAAUUAGAUUUUUAUUGGAUGCUAGGAGAGAUGAGGUGAAGGGGAGUACCAUAACUCUCACGCACACAGGGCACUCUCACAGUGAUUGUUUGGACACAGAGAAAAAGUUAGUCAGAGCUAGACGGUAGUCUAGGUUAAGGCAGAGAUAGUUGAGUUAAAAGAGUUGCAUACAGAUGAUCUGGAUGCGGAUGUGCCAAGCGGUUGGAUGAUUUGCGCAAAAUCCUUUUUGUCUAUGAAAACUAAUUGAGGUAGUUUAAUUAUACACAUAUGUCAAGGUAACAUUUUUUCUUUUCGGUAUUAGUUCAGUUCAUUUGCGAGAUUCAGACACUUAGCAUGUGCACGUAAGUGAUUUACUUUUCUCUGUUUGUUUUGGAAACAAAAAACGAUCGAAUGCAUGGCACGUCAUUUGGAUGCAAAAAUUCAGAGUUAUAGCCUCAGCAAAAAGUAGCCUAAUUUUAACGUUAAGGGAUUCGUUUAAGAAGUAGCUGUCCUAGUGCCAAGAAAGGUAGCCUUCUUCAUGUUUUGAUUGCGCUGGCUGAAAAAGAAGUUGCCUAGUGAUGGAGAAGUACUUCACGCCAGUUCACAAACCCUCGCAGGAGGACAUAAAACUCAGAAAACACCAUCAACACGUUCCCCAUCCUCACCAUCACCAUCAUCACCAUGACCGCAGGUCACAUGACAAGACACCUCACAGUGUUCCAGGAUCUCACAGUGACAGCCAUGCUCAUCACCGAGCACAUCACCAUGACCACAGUUUCCAUGGAUACCAUCAGAUUAACAACCACAAAGCUGAGGAUCAACACAGGUCAUCUUCCUCAUCCAGUCUAUCCACCUCCUCCUCCUCAUCAUCAUCCUGGUCCUCAGAGCCAAGUUUGGACGAUGAGACAUACUUAAUGCACAAGCCCCAGCACUCUCUCUCUUGCUCCAACAUAGCUGAGCCUAGACGCAAGUCUCGUGACUGGGACUCGGAGGGCGUGGAGUAUGACUUGAGAUCCCCAACACCAUUCCAGCAGUGUUCGCCACACCACAAGCCGCACUACCAGCACAGCCACCCACAUCCCAAGAGUCAGCACUCGCACUACCACCCUCACGGCUCAGAGCACGGCCCCAAGCUGUCCAAGCUCCAUCGUGGACAAAGCAAGAGUGAGGAGGGUCUCCUUCAGGGCAACGACAGUGAUGACGGGCAUGGCGGGUGGGACAGACACCCCCAUAUGGAGCACGGGAAUCUCUACAAGACCGCAAGCCUGGGCCGGAGCCUGGCUUUCAGCGAUGAUGCUGAGGUGGGUGCUGGGGCCAGAGCCACACCCAAGAAGGCAGUGUCCCACAUGCAGCUCCCGAGCAAAGGCAUCCUUAAAAACAAGGACGGCGGGUCGGCAGCAAGCCAACGGGCGAACUUCCGCAAGGCCAAAUCGAUGGAGGUCCUGUCUAACCGGGAGCAAGCAGCAAAACAAAGUGGUGGGGGGCCUUUGGGCACCCCAAAGCAAAACGAUGUAGAGGUUAUAAGGGAGAAUUUUGUCAAAACAAAGCUGCAGUUUUCUGCAUUUUUGGAUGAGAUAACGCGUCAAGUUAUAAGUCCCUCCAGGCUCAAUACACUGGGGGUCACCCCUGGCUCCAGUCCAACGUCGCCGAGAUCUCCUCAUCAGGAGCGUAAGGAGCCCCCUGGUGGUGGGAAGAAGGAAGAGGAGGGUUCAAGAAUGCAGCAAUCCAAGCAGCGCAUGGCAAAGACUGUAAAUCAGAGUCCAGCAAAGUCUGGUAAUCCUGAUCCACAGUCGCAUGCACGACGUGACUCCCAUUCAGGGAAGCACCAGCCUAAUCUUGGGAGCCCCACAAGGUCUGCCGGUCACCAGCAGUAUGGUAACAAUAAAAAACGCUAUUCUGUCGGGGAAGUACAGGGUGUCACAGAGGACAAACAGCACCAGGGGAAGUAUAACCAGAGGCUCACUGAUGGCACCAGCACAAGCUCUGAGACCAUUUCACACGAGUCCAAACACCAUCACUUCAAGCAGCACGGUGAUGGACACCAUGGCAGUCACAACCCAUCACUGCGUCACCAUGGAGACCACAGGGGUUCCCCACCUCCACCCGGGCACACCGCGGGACCCGACUACGAGUCUCCUUCCAGCAAGUCGUCCAGUGCCAGUCACAGCUCUGGACAUGGCGACAGGCAGAAGCAUCCAGGCCACAGGAGACACUCCAAAUCUCGGGAUUCAGUGAGCUCUGUCGACAGAGUUCAGCUGCUUGAGCAAUACAACAAGGAGCUACAUGAGAACCUGCUGCAGACUGUGGCGUGUAUAGAGAACAUGGAGACCGAGCUCCAGUGCACCAGGUCGGAGCUCGGAGUCCUCAAGGACAAGUACAAGAGACUGCAGGAGAGCUAUACCAACUCCCAACACUCUAGCAGCACUCUGGAGCAGAAGUUACAGUCAGCUAUGGAGAGUAUGAACUCAGAGAGGAAGUACCUCUUACAGAGGAUUCUGGAACUGACCAAGCAGCUGGACACAGCCCAAAAUACCAUCAGCUCACUGGAGAACAUCAAUGUUCCCGCUUUGAUCAAGGAGCUCUUGCAAAAGCACUUCAAAUCUGAGGACAGUGUUAAGAAUUUUCUGCGCUCUACCACUAUGAAGGACAGCAAAGACAACCAGUCAGCUUUGGCGACAGUGGAGGUGGCAUCGACUGAUUGGCCUGAGUCCGGGCCAGUUAGGACGACGGCCUUUAUCCCAUGGAAACAAGACCAGGCAGAGUGGCCUGGGUCAGGAGAGGACAGGGGGUGCGGAACCAGACAGGACAUGGAGGCCGCUGGAAGCUCCAGGUCUCCACAGCUCCCUUUCACUGUUGCUGAAAUUAGCAUGGCACUGUUUAAAAACAUGAGUGAUGCUCAGGCCAAAAGCCACGAGCACCAGCACCCAGAGGUGCCCCCAAACCCUUACGAGAUGGGUGGCACAGGCAGGGGAGCGGGCGGAGGGGAGCCCGGGGAUGAUUUCACCUCCCUUACAGCACAAAGGAUUUUGGACAAUUUUAUGAGUCAGAUGUCUCCUCCCUCCAAUGAAGGCCAAGAGGAGAGAGGCGGUGGUGCCCUGGACUGGGCAGGACCACCACCAGGACAUUAACCUGACCAGUAGCUCCUCUGAUAGAGCUAUUAUGCUAAGGCUAUGGGUCAGUACCCAAAGAGCCCAAAUACUUGUGAAAAAAAAAAUACUGUACAUGUAUGCCUUCUGUGUAUAAGUGCUGGUUUAAGAUACAGUUGUAAAGACUCAAUAAUAUGCUGAUGACAUGUAAUUGCUCAAUGAUAGAUGUUCAGAACAAGUGAUAGCCCUAUUUGUAAUUAAGUUGAAAUUAAUUAUUAUUUAAAUCCAUUACCAAGUCUGUCUGGUCAGUGUAACUCACUAAGCAUACAGAGUAAAAAUAAAUCUGAAAUAAGAGCAGGAAAAUGUACUGGUAAAUCUGGCAGUACAAUUUCCGUACAUCUUGUAUCUUUUUUUAUUGACAAUUCUUUGAAAUAUUCAAAUAUUGCCAUUCACUGGCAAGUGAGGGAUAUCAUAAAGAUAUGAAAAGAAAAAUGUACAGUAAUUGUGUUGGCAGAAACAUACCAGUAAAUUUUCCAGUUACAUUUUCUUUUACAGUGUAGUAGCUUUGUUAAAAAAAUCAUGAUAUGUGUGAUUAAAAUAAUAGUCUGCUCUACCCACCCACUGCUUCUAGCUUAGUCUUUGCUGCUGGGAUUAUAGUCGCUAAGUGAAUGUGUGUCUGGUUCUACUUGGAUACUGAAAUUAUACAGUGGUUUCACUAAACCGUGAUCUACACAUUGUUGCAGAUUACUGUCCCAUAGCAUCCAAGGAUUAAGUGUGUAUCAUAAAGGGCUUUAUACAUGCCAAGAUGCCAGCUGCAUUAUGGGUACUGUAGCAGCCUCAAAGACAUGCUGACUGCUGUAUGUUUGACGCUGCUACAGACACUAUCCAAAAAUAUUGUAUUUACAUUUUAUUGUCUAUGAUUGUUAUAAUUAUGCCACAUUUGUUUCUCAUGACUUGUGAUUAUUUGUGAAUCUGUGGUGGUAAAGUGUACUGUGCUUUAGCUAUUCUGAGGCUGCCUUUGAAGAGUGCUGAAGCUGUGUAUAUAAUAAUUAUGCAGUUAUAAUAUAGAUUAUGUUUCCUAGUUUCUGGAUAGACUGUACAUAUCUCAAGAGAGUCAAACAAUACCAUGUGUAUGUCUGAAUUUAUCUACCCUUCCAAAGAACCAUCUGUAAUAAGUGUAUUGUCGGAUUUAUUUUCAUGCUUAGUUACGUUUCAAAUAUGUCAUGGUAGAAUAUCCUUGCAGGUUAUAACAUCUGCUACAACAUUCCAUCAGACCCAAAUCUGGUCAGACUGUACAACUUUUUUUAUCUUAAGAAAUCAAAGGUGAAUUCAGACAUAGACUAUGUUAUGUUCCCCCCAUGAAACUUGUUGAUUUGUACAACAUAUGUAAAUAUCCUGUGCCUUGAGAUAUAUCCCUUACAUGUUUAAAACUGCUUUCAAAUUGUAUGCUCCACCACACCUAACAAA